AUGGACCUGCUGGCCAUCCCCCGCACCAGGUUGCGGACUUUUGGGGACGCUCCCACACUCUGGAACACUCUACCGCUCAAUCUCCGCUCUGCCCCGUCCCUGCCCAUGUUCAAAAACCUCAAUCUAGAAGUGAAUCAGACCACCCAGAGUCUCCUGAUUGAUCCGCACGCCGCGUCCGAGCGCAGUCAGUCUAACCACAAUCCAGGCCACGAUGCUCUUCCUCUGAGGAAGGUGGGCAGAGGGAGGGUGAGGCAUGUGCCCCCGCACCGACCCAUGAUGGUGCACACCCCCCUGGAGGAUUGGCAGGUGGUGGCACGCGUUCCGGUAGAGAACCACCGACAGGAGCCGGCCCGGACAGUCGAUCAUGCAGACAACCGCAGACAGGGCACCGAACCGGCCCGCCGCUUCCUGGUGGACCUGAACACAGGCCUGCUGAAGGACUACGUUGGCGAGAUGAGCAGGAAACCAUCAGGCUUCUACGUCCCUCCAAAGAGCGAUGGCUUCAGGCAGGGCACUGAGAACUCCCACGCCACCCUGGUGGACCCCAUGACAGGCCAUCUGCUGCUGCACACCUCCGAGAUGAAGAGGGGAUCCAUAGAAAACUUGCCAAUCCUUUCAGAUGAGUUCAGGCACACCUCCGAGAUGAAGAGGGGAUCCACAGAGAACAUCGACAUGCCAAUCCUUCCAGAUGAGUUCAGGCACAGCAUUGAAUACUCCUGGCUUAAGAAAAAGGACAUGCAGGGCAAAGACAUUGGGAAAAUGGAGAGUGAGGUGGUUGCUGUUCCCCUGGUGAAGGGAGGGUGGGUGAGAGAUGCGGAUCAGGUUCUGAGAGCAGCUCCCGAGGUGGUCCGCAGGCAGGGCACGGAACCGUCACGUCGCUUCCUGGUGGAUUUGAACACAGGCCUGCUGAAGGACCACGUCGACGAGAUGGACAGGAAACCAUCAGGAUUCUACGUCCCUCCAAAGAGUGAUGGCUUCAGGCAGGGCACUGAGAACUCCCACGCCACCCUGGUGGACCCCAUGACAGGCCAUCUGCUGCUGCACACCUCCGAGAUGAAGAGGGGGUCCAUAGAAAAUGAGUUCAGGCACACCUCCGAGAUGAAGAGGGGAUCCACAGAGAAUGAGUUCAGCCACAGCACAGGCCAGCUGCUGCAUCACGCCUCCGAGAUGAAGAGGGGGUCCAUAGCAGCAGCUCCUGAGAUGGACCGCAGGCAGGGCACAGAAGCGUCCCGUCGCUUCCUGGUGGACCUGAACUCAGGCCUGCUGAAGGACCACGUCGACGAGAUAAGCAGGAAACCAUCAGGAUUCUACGUCCCUCCAAAGAGCGAUGGCUUCAAGCAGGGCACUGAGAACUCCCACGCCACCCUGGUGGACCCCAUGACAGGCCAUCUGCUGCUGCACACCUCAGAGAUGAAGAGGGGGUCCAUAGAGAAAAGGAUCCAUGCUGCCUCUGAGGAGUUCAAGCAUGGCAUGGAAUAUUCCCAUUUUAAAAAACAGGAUGACGGACAUAAUGAAAUCAUGGAGCCAGUCCAUGACACUGUGAACGAUGAGUUCAGCCAUAGUCUCGAGUUCUCCCAUUUCAAAAUGAGGAACGACAUCAGGGGACCAGCCCAGAGGACAGACACAGCUGUGUGGUUGAGGGAGACACUUCCUGUGGGGGUGACGUGCUCAGGUGAAAUCAUUGACGGCAGGUGCUACCAGUUCAACCCAACCCCUCUGACCUUCAGUGAGGCAGAGUCCUCCUGUCAGGAUCUCUAUGCUGGCGGCCAUAUUGCUGCAGUGACCAGUGCUGACCUACACAUAAACCUUGUCUCCAUGGUGACAGUAGCCAGUAACGGCCCCACCCUCACCUGGCUGGGAGGAGUCAAAAAGGCUCAGCAGUACGAGUGGCUGGAUGGCUCUGCUUGGGGCUACACUGACUGGAUGCCGGGCCAUCCCAACCUGCAGAAAGGCAGGGUCACUUGUGUGGAGAUGUUCAGGAUGGAGGCGAGCUGGUGGACAUCUGUGGACUGCAACCUGAAGAGGGCUUCCAUCUGCUCUUUCCCCAUGGCAGCAUGA